UUUGAAUUUCAACUCUGGGCUUUUUAUGCAAGGAUUUUGCUUGAUUUCAUCUUUGUAACGGAAGAAAAAUCUCAAAUCAAAAUCCAGCAUGAUCAAGUGUGGAAGGGAAUAGGGGUGUCAAUUUCGGGUCAUGGGUCGAACCCAGACCCAACCCAGGUUCAAACGGGUCAAACUCUAACCCGACCCGGGUAUAUAAACGAGUUGGAAAUGCGGACCCGGACCCGACCCGUCGGGUUGCCGGAUUGACCUGACCUGACAUGGAAUGCACGGGCAGGUGCGAGCGGGUGAGUGCGGGUGCGCGCGGGCAAGUGUGCAGACGCGCACGGGCGUGUGCGCGGGCAGCCUCGGGUGCGAGCGACCUCGGCAGGCGGGGGCGGCGGGCUAGCAGACGCGGUUGUGCGGGCGCAUGCACGGGCAGCCGAGCAGGUUCACAAGCAGCUGAUUUAAACGGAUUCCCUUCACACCCACACUCUCCAGCUCAAAUCCUGAUAAUCGAAGGCACGAUUAAUGAAGAGAGAGUGAAUCCAAGGCUUCUGCAGUUCAUCCAUGAAUCGCCGCCGCGAAUUCAAGGUGAAUGGCAGCUGGGAUUCAUCCCAGAACCUGAAUCUUCAGGGUUGACCGAUGCUGAGUUCAAUUCCGCCAUGAAAAAGCUAAGGAAGCAAACUUAUGAUCCUCCUCAACUCAAAAGAAAGGCCUGGAGGAGAGGAUUGUUCAGUAGUAGCAACUAUGUACAGGGAAGUAAUGAUGAGAAGAAUGAAGAUAAGAAGUGUACGAUCUGCUUGGAACCAUUUGUACCUAAAGAACAAGUUUUGGUGACUCCAUGUAAUCAUAUAUUUCAUGAUAGGUGUCUUACCCCAUGGGUGAAGAGCCAUGGCCAGUGUCCAGUCUGCAGGUUUAAGCUUUGCGAGAGGAAAGAGAUAAUUCAGACUCCAAAUUACAACUAUAACAGUAACAGUAGUGGAAAUAUAUAUGAAGAUGAUUUGGCUCUUGAUCUUAUAACUCUUGUAAGAGCAAUGGAGGAGGCUCUUAUGUGGAUGCGUCUCAGUUAAUAGUUGGCUAAGUUGAAUUAAUUAGUAGCGAAUAAGACGCGGUCAAUGAUGCUAGUAGAUCUUCAUGUGAAGCUGUUUAAAUAUGUUUUUAGUUCUGUCAGAAACUAUAAUUGGCUUGCUUAUGUGAAAGAUUGCAAGGCAAGAAGACUAUGAUUGAAUGAUGAUGUUUGAAGUAGACUAUGAUGAAAAUUUCAAUGUUCCAGUAUUUGGUACCCCACAAGUAUGAAUAUGAAAUAUAUUUUUCUUUUGCAUCAGAA